AUGGGGGCCAAUAACUCACACGUUCCUCACGUUUUGAGUACACCGCCACCAAAAGGGAAAGUCAUGAAAUGCCACUACGAAGUUCUCGAAGUGCAACGAGACGCCGAUGAUGAGACAAUCAAGAAAGCUUAUCGCAAACUGGCACUCACAUGGCAUCCGGACAAAAACCCCGACAACGUUGAAGAAUGUACGAAGAUUUUUGCUUUGCUACAACAAGCUUACGAGGUUUUGAGCGAUCGGCAUGAACGCGAAUGGUAUGAUCGACACCGAGAAAGCAUUUUGCGAGGAGGACUUGAUGAACAUUAUAAAGAUGAAAGUCUCAAUCUCUUUCCGUAUUUUGCAAACUCUUGUUUUUCUGGUUUUAAUGAUGAUAAAAAGGGUUUCUUUGCAACAUACGCGCAUGUUUUUGACACACUGGCUCAAGAAGAUUACGAAUUUCUUGAUGAUUGCUCCAUCCAUUAUCCGAAGUUUGGUGAUGCGAACAGUGAUUAUGAAACAGUUGUUGGACCUUUUUACGGUUUUUGGUCUGCUUUUUCAACAGCACGCCCAUUUUCUUGGUUGGACGAAUACGACAUUAGAAAUGCUCCAAAUCGUCUCACUCUUCGAGCUAUGGAAAAGGAGAAUAAAAAAUUGAGAGAGGCGGGGAAAAAGCAACGAAAUGAGCAAAUUCGGGAACUUAUUGGCUUUAUUCGCAAGCGAGAUCCUCGAAUCAUCAAAUACAGAGAAUACCUUGAAGAAAAGAAGAAAGAAAACGUACGGAAAGCUGAAGAGAAUCGAAUAAACCAGAUCAAACGGCAAUUGGAAGAAGCAAAUAAUUUUGUGGAAACUGAUGAAAUGCGAGAAGCAAGAUUGGCACAUCUAGAAAACAUUGAACAAGAAUUGGAUGAGCAAUUUGGAGCGGGAAGUUCACUUAGCAAUGAUGAAGAUGAUGAAGCGGCAUUAUAUUGUGUUGUUUGUGAGAAAUCUUUCAAAACAAGGAAUGCAAAGCAGAAUCAUGAGAAAUCAAAGAAUCAUCAAAAAGCUUUGUUGGAAUUGAAAAAAUAUAUGAAAGAAGAAGAUGUAAAUCUUUUUUCGAACGACGUCCAUCACGAUGAACCUUCGGAUGUUGAAGAAUCAACAAAUCCGCAAGUGGAUGUCAAGUUAAGCAAACGAGGCAAAAAGAAUGCAAGAAAAGAAAAACGAGGACAACAAAUGGCUGAUCAAAAUGAGAAUGAUAAAGACGAGGACGAUAAAUCCAUGAAUCAAAGUAAUAAUACGGAUGCGUUAAAUGAACAAAUGAGUGACGUGAAGAUUACCGAGGAGCCAAUACCACUGAACAAGAAACAGGCGGCUAAAGCAGAAAAGAAGGCCGCUGCUGCAACUAAGCAGAAAGCUUCAGUCGAACCAACCACUGGUCCUACAAUUCCGAAAACUGCCACUUGUGAUAAUUGUGGGGAAUGGUUUGAAUCACGAUCUCGUCUUUUUACUCAUCUGCAAGAAACCGGCCACGCCACGUUGAAAAUGCCUGGGAAUUCGACUGCUGCUAAAAAUCGAAAAGGGAAACGA